UUGAACAUGGGGAACGUCGAUGAGGAUGUUAGGGUUAUGACUCGUAAGAGCGUGGACGAUCCUGGUGAGCCACCGGGCAUUGUGUUGAGCGCCGCUACUUCGGUUUGGUUGCUGGUGUCUAAUCAAAGAUUGUUCGAUUUCCUACGCGAUGAACGGCUGAGAAGCGAGUGGGACAUCUUGUCCAAUGGUGGUCCAAUGCAAGAGAUGAGCUACAUCGCCAAAGGCCAAGAUCACGGCAACUGCAUCUCCCUCCUCCGUGCCAGUGCCAUGAACUCGAACCAGAGCAGCAUGAUGAUACUGCAUGAGACAUGCAUCGAUGCGGUGGGGUCGCUCGUGGUGUACGCGCCCGUUGACAUCCCAGCCAUGCUCGUGGUUAUGAACGGUGGUGAUUUAUGCCUUAUAUGCACAUCUGUCGUGUGCUUUAUAUGCACAUCCCAUGAACAACUCCGUUUUUCUCGCGCCAGAGACCAUUUGAGUAUACAUAAACUUCAAGUUCACAUCAGUUUGUUCAUCGUUGCUCACAUGGGGAUGAUUUUGAUCGGUGAUCAUUCCUUUGGGGAUAUCCCAAGCCCAAAAUGGCAACGUGAACGAGUCGUCGUCAAUGAAGCUACUGAGGAUUCGUUCGUGGAAGUAUAUCAUCAUGCGGUGCCAGGGGAAAAACAACCAUGUACGGUGGAUGUUCACCGAGGAGUCGGAGUGGUUUAG